AUGAAGAAGCGAUGUGAUCAAAAGCUGCUCAUUCAAAUGAAAACUGAAUGUGUACCUUGCUCUUUAAACCUCGAAACCCAGUGCCCUGCUGGUUACACCAAAAUUACCAAUGGGACUGGGAUACCAGACUGCAGGUAUUACCUAGAAAUUAAAACACACAUACUUUCUCUUCCGGGAUGUCGGCAUCAUUGUACGAAGGAAUUUGAACAACCUGAGUGCUGCCAGGGACACUGGGGACCAGACUGCAUGGCAUGUCCGGGAGGAGCUGCCUCACCGUGCAACAGGAGAGGACGCUGCUCCCAGGGUAUAGAUGGGGAUGGAACGUGCACUUGUCAGAAAGGGUUUGGUGGGACAGCCUGUGAAAAAUGUGCUGAAGAUAAUUUAUUUGGUCCUCACUGCACAUCAGUUUGCAACUGCGUUCAUGGAGUAUGCGACAGUGGAAUUACAGGGGAUGGAAGAUGCACUUGCUUGUCUGGAUACAAAGGACUCAGCUGUGAUCAGCCAAUAGCCGAAUGCGAGGCCUUGCGGUGCCCUGCAAACUCCAGAUGCACUGCCUCGGGCAAAGAUGGAAGACAACUGCAAUGCACGUGUCUGCCCAGCUACCACGGGGACGGUACACAAUGUGAACCUAUCAACCCAUGCUCCAAAAAGGUCUGUGAUCCUAAUGCCAACUGUAUUUACCUCGGACCAAAUCAGCACCAAUGUAUCUGUCGAGAAGGUUACAGAGGCGACGGUCAAGUCUGCUUACCUGUAGACCCUUGCCAAAUGACAUAUGGGAAGUGCCCUGCAGAGUCCACUAUUUGCAUAUAUGACGGUCCAGGAAAGUCCCACUGUGAAUGCAAGGAGCAUUAUACAAACUUUGUACCUGGGAAAGGAUGCAGCAUGACAGACAUCUGUGAAACAAACAACACCUGCCAUAAAAAAGCUAGAUGCUCAAUGCUCGCACCAGGGCAGAUUACGUGUACAUGCCAGGGGGGCUCCGUGGGGAAUGGGUUUGUGUGCUACGGAAAUGUCAUGGAACGCCUCCGGGACCUGAACACCGAAGUGGGAGGACAGUGGCAAGGCAGGCUGACAUCCGCCUUAUUGCUUAUGGAAAAUGCCUAUGAAUGGCCACUGAGUACUCUGGGACCAUUUACCGUGCUUGUACCAACAAACAAGGGGCUCAAAGGUACAAAUAUAAAGGAUCUUCUGAAUAAUAAACAGAAAGCACAGUACUUCGUGAAACUCCAUGUAAUUGCUGGUCGACUGAAUACCAGUAGCUUGAAUAAUACUAAUGUAAUAUAUACUUUGACUGGCAAGUCAGGAGAGAUAUCAAAGGGAGAAAAGGAUAAUCAAUUAAGAAUUAGAAUCCAAGGAGGAAGGAGGAAAGGAAAACUUUUGCAUGGAAAUAUUAUUGCUUUCAAUGGGAUUUUGCACAUUAUUGACAAAGCCAUGGACAACGUGGAGCCAACAUUUGAAAGCAGCAAUGAGGAAACCAUAAUGUCAGUACUUCAAAAUAAUGGAAGAUACAGCCGAUUUACAUCUUUGAUAGAGAAAACUGGCCUGGCAAUGGAUUUACAGCUGGACAACAGGCCUUACACAGUCUUUGUUCCAAGUAACGAGGCUUUGAAUAACAUGAAAGUUGAGGCUCUGGAUUACCUGCUUUCUGCAGAGGGUUCAUGGAAGUUGCUGGAGCUGGUCCGAUACCACAUUGUCUCCGAUACUGAGCUAGAGGUUGCCAGCCUCGUCUCAAUAAACCACAUCAGAAGCAUGGCGAAGCAGUUCAUUUACUUUAACAGGACCAGCACUGGACAAGUCUUGGUGAGUGGAGAAGAAAUAGAAGAAACAGAUAUUGUUGCAAAAAAUGGUCGCAUUUAUACUCUUGCAGGAGUUCUUAUCCCACCCACAAUUGUUCCAAUUCUGCCACAUCGGUGUGAUGAGACAAGAAGUCAAGUCGCAAUGGAACCAAAGUGUUGCAAAGGCUUCUUUGGCCCUGACUGCAGUCCGUGUCCCGGAGGUUUCUCCAAACCCUGCUCAGGAAACGGGCAGUGCAUGGAUGGCCUGGAUGGAAAUGGGACCUGUGUUUGUGCUGAGGCAUUUCAGGGCUCGCACUGUCAGUUCUGCUCAGACCCUGGCAAAUAUGGACCUCGGUGUGACAGGGACUGCCUCUGCCUUUAUGGGGAGUGUGAUAACCGAAUCAGCAGCGAUGGGAUCUGUCUUCCUGGAUCAUGCAGAAGCGGAUACACAGGGAAACUCUGUGAUAAGCAGAUUGUUGCCUGUGAGCCCUCCCUACAGCUCUGCCAUGCACAUGCAGACUGUCAGCUUAGCGAUGGUGCAGUGAGCUGUGUUUGCAAACCUGGCUAUGAGGGAGAUGGCAUGAGCUGCAGUAAAGUUGACCCUUGUGCUGCUUUAAACCCAGGUGGCUGCAAUAUCAAUGCUGAGUGCAUUCAGACGGGCCCAGGAGAGCAGGCGUGCGUUUGCCAGGCAGGAUGGACAGGCGACGGAAGGGACUGCUCAGCCAUCAACAACUGCCUCCUGCCCACUGCACCAGGGUGCCACAAAAAUGCCACCUGCAUAUACAUUGGGCCGGGUCAGAAUGACUGCAAGUGUAAGGAUGGAUUUCAGGGGAACGGAAUUGAAUGCACACCCAUAAACUCAUGCCUGGAACAAAAUGGAAAAUGCCAUCAUCUGGCAACUUGUCAGUUUGACUCUUCUCGAGGCUGGGAGUGUGUGUGCCCAAAGGGCUACGAAGGAGAUGGUAGAAUAUGCUACGGAAAUGCGGCAGAGGAGUUAUCUACUCUGUCAGAAGCAGCUGCAUUUAACCAAUGGGUUAAUGAGGCUGAGAUAAAUUUGGUGUUGUCCACUACCUCAAACCUAACUGUCCUCGUGCCUUCUCUCAAAGCAAUUGAAAACAUGGAUGAAGAUGAGAAAGCCUUUUGGAUGUCAAAGAGUAACAUCCCAACUCUACUGAAGUAUCACCUAUUGACAGGAGCUUACAGCUUUGCUGAUUUCCAGAAUUUAUCAUCCUCUGACAUGCUGCCAACGUCUCUCCAGAGCAACUUCCUACGUUUGUCUAAAGAAAAUGGGAACCUCACCCUUGAGGGCGCUCACAUCGUGGCUGGCGACAUCACAUCCACAAAUGGGAUCAUACAUGUUAUUGAUAAGGUUCUAACCCCGCUCCGCAGCACUGUCAUGCCGAGGCUGCUGGACCGCCUGGAGCAAAUGCCCGAUUACUCCAUUUUCAGGGGCUACCUUAUUCAAUACAGCCUGGCAAAUGAAAUAGAAGCUGCAAACACAUACACAGUCUUCGCCCCAAAUAAUGAUGCCAUAGAAAAUUACCUAAGGGAUAAAAAGUCUGCUACUCUGGAUGAAGGCCAAAUACGCUAUCAUGUUCUGCUGAAUGAGAAGCUCCUGAAGAACAACCUGCACAAUGGCAUGCACAGGGAGACUAUGCUAGGGUUCUCCUACCAGGUUGGGUUCUUCCUCCACAACGACCAGAUAUUCAUAAAUGAUGCACCUAUAAGCUAUACUAAUGUUGCAACAGACAAAGGAAUUAUUCAUGGAUUGGGAAAGGUCCUGGAGAUCCAGAAGAACAGAUGUGAUAUCAAUGAUACCGUGAUCAUUGUAAGUGGUUCUUGCAGAAUUUGUUCACAGCCAUCAAGGUGUCCCCCAGGAACAAGAGAACUAGCAGGAGAGAAGAAGUACUGCAUCCUCUCAGGAAACGUGAGAAUGUACACCAUCCAGAUCGGGUGCCAGCCAAAGUGUGCUAAAACCAUCAUUACCCGGGAGUGCUGCGCAGGUUUCUUUGGGCAGCAGUGCCAGCCCUGCCCGGGGAAGGCUGGGAAUGCCUGCUUCGGAAACGGCGUCUGCCUGGACGGCAUCAACGGCACAGGCACCUGCGAGUGCGAAGAGGGGUUUGUCGGUACAGCCUGUGAAAGCUGCAUUGAAGGCAAAUACGGCCGCAACUGUGAUCAAGUGUGCGGUUGUGUCCACGGGAAAUGCAGCAGUGGGAUCGAUGGGGACGGCUCCUGUGAAUGUGACGUUGGCUGGAGAGGGGUGACGUGCGAGACCGAAAUCAAAGACGACGCAUGUAACGCUUCAUGCCAUACGAGUGCUAACUGCCUUCUGCUAUCAAAUGGCACUGCCUAUUGCAAGUGUGCAGCUGGGUUCGAGGGAAAUGGGACGUCCUGCACAGCUAUUGAUGCUUGCAAGACUAGCAAUGGUGGCUGUUCUGCCAAAGCAGAGUGCAAAAGAACAACGCCUGGCAAUAGAGUGUGCAUCUGCAACGCUGGGUACACUGGAGAUGGAGUAGUCUGCAUCGAAAUCAACCCUUGUCUGGUGAACAAUGGUGGAUGCGAUAGAAAUGCAGAAUGCACGCAAACUGGACCCAAUCAAGCAGUAUGUAAUUGCUUGAAGGGAUACUCUGGAGACGGUAAAAGAUGCACGUAUAUCAGCCUGUGUUCACAAAAUAAUGGAGGCUGCAGUGAAUUUGCCAUCUGUAAUGACACUGAGCUGACAGAAAGGACCUGCACCUGCAAACAUAACUACAUUGGGGAUGGAUUUACGUGCCGAGGCAAUAUCCUCCAGGAACUUCUCAGGGACUCCAACAUGUCCAGGUUUUAUUUCCACUUAGAGGCCUUCUCUAUCACAGAUAUCGCAGGCCCUGGCCCUUUCACUCUGUUUGUACCUCACACAGAUGUACUAAACAGCGACCCACGAGUCAAGGACUGGGUUGCCAAAGGAGUGAUGGCUCAGGUCCUCCGGUACCAUAUGGUGGGUUGUGCCAGUCUGUUGUACAACGACCUGAUAAAAAUCAUCAACAUUACGUCUCUCCACGGGGACCUGUUACACAUCAGCUACUCUCAGAACUCGCUGGUUUUGAAUAACAAAGCUGAAAUUAUAUUCAGCGAUGCUGUUUGCACAAAUGGCGUGAUCCAUGUCAUAAACCAAAUUCUGGUUCCACCACACAUGCAGGAUUUCCCCCUUAAGAAGGUAUAUAAAUUACUGAAAUUCCUGUCUUUGUAGGAAAGCCUUAAAAUGGUUGCAGCCAAACAUGGAUACAUCCUGUUCAGCAGUUUGCUUGAGAAAAACAACCUGCUUGGGCUGAUCAACGAUCCCAUUCACAAACCCGUCACACUCUUCUGGCCCACAGACGCAGCUAUCCGUGGGCUGCCACAGGAGCAGCAGGACUUCCUCUUCAAGAAGUCCAACACUGACAAACUAGUGCAAUACCUCAAAUUCCACAUAGUCCGUGAUGCUGCGGUAUUGGCCUACCAGCUCCCCCGCUCCACCUCAUUGAGGACCCUGCAGGGCUCCAACCUCAGCAUUAGCUGUGGGGAUAAUGGGGAGAUUGGUGCCCUUUUCCUGAAUGACAGACAGUGCAAGAUAGUGCAGCGGCAGCUGGAGUUUGACGGGGGCAUCGCCUAUGGCAUCAACUGCCUGCUGAUGGACCCCAGCCUGGGGGGACGCUGCGACAGCUUCUUCACUGUGGAUUUCAUGGAAGGGAUCCAGUUGUGCACGUACGAGUCCUAUGGGCUGCAGAGGUACGGCUGCCGAAGGAACUGCUCCAUGGUCAUCCACACGGCCAAGUGCUGCAAGGGCUACUUCGGGCCAGACUGCCAAGCUUGCCCAGGGGGCCCAGAGACCCCGUGCAACAACCACGGCUCCUGUGAUGAUGGGUACACCGGGACAGGAGAGUGCCACUGCAAUAGCGGCUUCAACGGGACUUCAUGUGAGCUGUGUUUGCCAGGCAGAUACGGCUCCAACUGCAGGCCCUGUGAAUGCAAGACCAAUGGGCAAUGUGAUGAAGGAUAUUCAGGAACGGGACGAUGUUUCUGUGAAACAGGAUGGACUGGCCGGCUGUGUGAAACCAAGCUAGCUGUGCUGCCAGAGUGUUCCCCGAGCUGCUCCACCAAUGCCGUCUGCAUGGAGAACAACACGUGUCAGUGCAAGCCGUUUUACAACGGGGAUGGGAUCAUAUGCGUAGCUGCAGACCUUUGCAAACAAAACAACGGUGGGUGUCACAAGGCAGCUGAAUGCACUCAGCUCCAGGUGAAGGUCUUCUGUAGCUGCCAGAAAGGAUACAAGGGAGAUGGCUUCACAUGUCUUCCAAUAAAUCCUUGCGCCGAUGGGUUCAAUGGAGGCUGCCAUGAGCAUGCCAUUUGCACUGUCAUAGGACCUGACAAACGCAAGUGUGAAUGUAAAAAUAACUACAUUGGUGAUGGGCUGAACUGCUCAGUGAUGCAGCUUCCUCUCGACCGCUGCUUGCAAGACAACGGGCAGUGCCACCCCGACGCUGACUGCGCCGAUCUCCACUUCCAAGAUACCACGGUUGGGGUUUUCCACUUACGGUCCCCUCAAGGGCAGUACAAAAUGACUUAUGAGAAGGCAAAGGAGGCCUGUGCCAAUGAGUCAGCCACCGUCGCUACGUAUAACCAGCUGCUGUACGCGCAGAAGGCAAGGUAUCACCUGUGUGCUGCCGGCUGGCUAGAUGGAGAAAGAGUGGGCUAUCCGACUGCCUUCUCCUCCCCAAACUGCGGCGCUGGGUACGUUGGCAUCGUGGACUAUGGGAAAAGAGUCAACCUGAGUGAAACCUGGGAUGUAUUCUGCUACAGGGAAAAAGAGGUGAACUGCACCUGCAAACCAGGCUACGUGGGGGACGGCUUCUCCUGCAGCGGGAACUUGCUGCAAGUGCUGAUGUCCUUCCCAACGCUGACAAACUUCUUGUCGGACAUCAUGGCUUACUCCAACAGCUCUAGGAAGGGGAGAGAGUUCCUGCGGUACCUUACGGAUCUGUCAGUGCGAGCCACUCUCUUUGCUCCAAACGACAGCGGGUUAAGGGAAAAUGAGACACUUUCCGGGCGAGACAUCGAGUAUCAUUUAUCUAAUGCCAGCAUGAUGUUUUAUGAGGACUUGACAAAUGGAACCACUCUUCUAACUCGUCUAGGGCAAAAACUCCUCAUUACAAACACCAGGGGCCAAGAACAUCAAAGCGAGAUCAGAUAUGUGGACAGAAGUGCUAUCGUUGAGUGGGAUAUAAUCGCUUCCAACGGGAUAGUCCACGUCAUUUCAGAGCCUUUAAAGGCUCCACCAGCACCUGCUCCUCUCCAUGCUGGGACAGGGACAGGAAUAUUCUUUGGUAUCUGCCUGGUUGCCGGAAUUGUGGCUUUUAUUGGAUAUUCUUAUCUCAGGUUCAGGAAGAAAAAUACAGGCUUCCAGCACUUCAAGUCAAAAGAUGACACUGACGUAACAUCACUGGACAAGACACAGCCUUCAAAUAUCACCAACCCCUCAUAUGAAACUUCUUCUGCACUGACUCCACCAGAACCUACUUAUGAUCUUUUCUCAGAUUCAGAUGACCAGCAGCUUGUGAUGAGUGGUCCUCAUGAUCAGAAUUAG